GGCUUUAGGGCUUCUCGUGGCAGGGCUUUCCCAUUUCCCUGUCCAUUUGACCUGGGGUUCAGCCCCAGAAUCUAACUUGAGUGUCGGAGUUCAGCUCGGGGAAACGCGGAACGUAACGUUGCAAGCGAUGGUGCACUGAGCGUGUGCAGAGUGCAUUCCUCUAGAUGCCUAUACACCUGGAAUGUCAGGGAGGUCUCUCCCGCUUUUCUCAAAGGCCUAAAUGAUGUUGAAGCAACCAUCAUGGGCCACGCCCUGUGUACCUGCUCCAGGGGAACAGUCACCAUCAAUAACAAACGUUACCUUUUAAUCCAUAGGCUUGGGGAGGGUGGUUUUAGCUAUGUGGACCUUGUAGAAGGGUUGCACGACGGGCAUUUCUAUGCACUCAAACGCAUCAUAUGCCAUGACAAAGAUGAUCGUCAGGACGCCAUGCAUGAGGUGGAUAUGCACUUGCUCUUCGACCAUCCCAACAUUCUGCCCCUGUGUGCACAUGCCAUGGUGGAGAGGGGAUCCAAACAUGAGGCCUGGCUCUUGUUGCCCUACCUUAAGAGAGGAACUCUUUGGCAAGAGGUUGAAGCUCUGAGAGAUAAAGGCGUCUUCAUGCCUGAGGAGCGGAUCCUUGCCAUUCUUCACGGUAUCUGCAGGGGCCUGCAGACCAUCCAUAACAAGGGCUAUGCACAUAGAGAUCUGAAACCUACAAAUGUGCUACUGGACGAUGAUGACCAACCAUUGCUGAUGGAUCUGGGUUCCAUGAAUCAUGCACGCAUUGAGGUGCUGAAUUCCCGGCAGGCCAUGGUUAUUCAGGACUGGGCUGCCCAACGUUGCACUAUCUCAUACCGAGCACCAGAGCUGUUCACUGUUGAGAGAGAAUGCAUUAUUGAUGAACGUACUGACAUCUGGUCCUUAGGCUGCAUUCUGUACUGCAUGAUGUUUGGAGAGGGGCCUUAUGACAUGAUCUUCCAAAAGGGUGAUAGUGUGGCCUUGGCUGUGCAAAACCACCUCAUUGUGCCUCAGAAUACCAGGUACUCGCCUGCCUUGGAACAUCUCCUCUCUUCUACAAUGGUGGUAAAUCCCCAGGAGCGCCCAUACAUUGCUAACGUCAUCUGUCAGCUUGAAGCAAUACAGCCAACUCCCUCUGGACAGGACACAACACGUAUCUAAGCCCACAGAAUGGGUGGUGAAGAUGGUCAGCAGAAGAGUUGCUGCUCAUGUGGGAUGGCACAAGAGUUUAAAGGAAAGAUUUAAUAAGACCAUAUUGUGUGGUGGGGCAGGAGAAUCUGUCUUCUACCUGUUUCCUUCCCUCAGAAACUCCCCACAGCAGGCCACCUCUUUCUUGGACCUUUUACUGUUUGGGACUUGCUUGGAGCUCUCCUGUCAUUGUCAUUCUAUAGUGCCCUAGAUGUUUGGUAUGUUUGGGAAGAUUGCCAAGGUACCUUGGGACUCUGGCAAUGGAAAGAAGGUGGGGAGAAAAGAUACCCAGCAUGUUUUUUUUAAUUCAAGUACAGCAUCCUGAUGGACAACUGACUUGCGCCCUAUUCCUUUUGGCAUAGGCAAAUGUUCAAUGCCUCUGUACUGAUUAAAGUCUUUACAACAUA